UGCUGUCAUUUAUCCUGCGCUCACCGUUUUUACUCGUUUACGGAAUACCGGCUCCCGCUGUGGGGAGCUCCGGUCUGCGCUGCUCCUGUUAGUGAAGUGCUUAGCUGGCAAAAACCAACGGGACGGAUGUUUGGAUCACGAGUUUCAGCCUCCUGCCAACAUCUGCGACUCACAUAUUUGAAUACCUUAAUAAGCGGACCUGAAGGGACGCGGCUGCGCUCAGUACUGCGAAAUCUGGUGUGCCAAGGUGAGCUGAGGUGGGACGUGGUCCUCCCCUUCCAUUGAGUCUGCCACCAUGGUUUGGUACCUGAAGCAUUUCACCGCCGUGGGUGACCAGCAUCCGAUCCAGUGGGAUGAGGAAGAACUGCAUGUAAACAGCGAGGAGCUGAGUCCAGCUACGGGACAGGUUCCAAUAACGCUGACCUUUAGGGAUUCACUCAAGAGGCUGUACAGCUCAGAGCGCUUCCAGGUGCUGGUUGUGUGUUUGGUGAUCCUGGAUGCCAUCUUCGUCUUGGCUGAGCUGCUUAUCGAUCUGGCAGUCAUCAAGCUAGAGCAUGGCCACAUUGCUCCAGAGAUUUUCCACUACCUGAGCCUGGCUGUGCUCACCUUCUUCAUGCUGGAGCUGGCCGGGAAGAUUUUUGCGUACCGCCUGGAGUUCUUCCUACACAAAUUUGAGGUGUUUGAUGGUUUUGUGGUGUUAGUGUCUUUCAUCUUGGACAUCGUCUUCAUCUUCCACGAGGAUGCCUUUGAUGGGAUAGGUCUCCUGAUCCUGCUACGACUCUGGAGGGUUGCCAGGAUUAUCAACGGAAUCCUGGUAUCAGUGAAGACCCGUGCAGACCAGAAGAUUCACAAGCUGAAGGAGAGCUAUGACCACCUGGUUCAAAGAGUCACUGAGCUACAGGAGAACAAUGAUAAGCUGGUACAAGAGAACCAGAGACUGCAAGCCCUCCUCAAGAAGCACGGCGUAGAUGUCUAACUCAACGGGUCACUGCUGCAGAGCUGCUGCUCUAAAUGUGGCGUUCCACCCACUUGUUACAGGAAAUUUUGUGUAGCACUAGAGAGAGAUUAGCUUUAGUCAUCCUGUCCUGGUGGAGACGAGUUAAAUAUCUGCACUUACAUUAUUGAAUUUCCAAUAUAUACAUGUUAUUGAAUAUCUCUCCAUAAAGUCGAAUACACCUGCAAAUAAGUGAAUUUCAUGCAGAAUCGUAACUUGUACAUAAAACUGGACUAACUAAUCUAAAUGUGAUUUCAAAGUAUGUAUGCUGUGUCAGAACAAGGUUUAUAUAACUGAUUUCAAGAA